CGUUCAUUUUCAGCUAGUCAUAUAUAUAUAUACACUACUGCCUGCACUCAGGGACACAAAUCAUUAGGGUUUCUCAUCACCAGCCGACGCCGUCGCCUCUCCCAGAGAAACAAUGUCUCACAGAAAGUUUGAGCACCCCAGGCAUGGAUCUUUGGGAUUUCUUCCAAGGAAAAGGGCAUCCCGUCACAGAGGAAAAGUGAAAGCCUUUCCCAAAGAUGAUCCCAAAAAGAAAUGUAGCUUAACUGGUUUCCUUGGCUACAAAGCUGGUAUGACACACAUUGUUCGUGAUGUUGAGAAGCCAGGGUCGAAGCUCCACAAGAAGGAAACAUGUGAAGCAGUUACAAUUAUUGAAACCCCUCCAAUGAUUAUUGUUGGAGUUGUGGGAUAUGUUAAGACACCACGUGGCCUUCGCUGUCUGGACACUGUUUGGGCCCAACAUCUUAGCGAGGAAGUCAAGAGGAGGUUCUACAAGAACUGGUGUAAGUCAAAGAAGAAGGCUUUCACAAAGUAUUCCAAGAAGCUCGAGAGCGAUGAAGGCAAGAAGGACAUUCAAACUCGUUUGGAGAAAUUGAAGAAGUACAGCACUGUAAUCCGGGUUCUGGCGCAUACUCAGAUUCGCAAAAUGAAAGGACUUAAGCAGAAGAAAGCCCACUUGAUGGAAAUCCAAGUGAACGGCGGAGAUGCUGCAAAGAAGGUCGAUUUUGCCUACAGCCUAUUUGAGAAGCAGGUCCCUAUUGAUUCUGUUUUUCAGAAAGAUGAGAUGAUCGACAUUAUUGGGGUGACUAAGGGUAAGGGAUACGAGGGUGUAGUCACCCGUUGGGGUGUCACUCGCCUCCCUCGCAAGACCCACCGGGGGCUCCGCAAGGUUGCUUGCAUUGGUGCCUGGCAUCCUGCCCGCGUAUCCUUCACUGUUGCUCGAGCAGGUCAGAACGGGUACCACCACAGAACCGAGCUGAACAAGAAAAUUUACAAACUUGGGAAGGUCGGGCAGGAAUCCCAUAAUGCAAUGACCGAGUUCGACAGGACGGAGAAGGAUAUUACGCCGAUGGGAGGAUUUCCUCACUAUGGCAUAGUGAAGGAUGACUAUCUUCUGAUAAAGGGGUGCUGUGUUGGUCCGAAGAAACGUGUGGUCACACUGAGGCAGUCAUUGUUGAACCAGACGUCUAGGGUUGCAUUGGAGGAGAUCAAACUGAAGUUUAUCGACACAUCAUCUAAGUUUGGACACGGUCGCUUCCAGACCUACGAGGAGAAGGCCAAGUUCUACGGAAAAGUCAAGGCCUAAGGUUCCUUCUUGCCUGCUCUCUUUGCUUCAUUUGAUCAAAACUGCUUUUCAUUUUGGUUUGUGGACUAAGGAAUUUUUGUAGUCUUUCAUUUACAUACAGAACAUAUUAUCAGCUAUCUAUCUGUUACUUCAUAUACCUUAUUGUAAGACUUAAUAUGAGGUCAUUUUAUAAGUGAAUCUUUCUGUUUGGGCA